CAGGCAAGGAGGGCUGCCGGGAUGCCCGGCCCUGCAGUGCUGAGCGCGGUGGCUGCCAUGCUGGUGGCCGCCCUGCUGCUACUGCAGUGUGAGGACCAGGGGCCAGGGGCUGGACCUAGGUAACCCCCGGGUUAAGGGACCCAGUUGGGCCCUGCACUCCCGACCAGCCCGGGUGUACGGUGGGGAAAAGGCCUGGUGGUACCACGAUUUGUGGCAUCUGGACGCAUCCUCCGGUUUGCUCCCCUUCCACCUGGGUCAGGUGCUGGACGGUGACAGCGCCACAGCGCCGCACCCCGCAGCAUGGCCGAGACAGAGGCACUGCCGAAGCUUCGGGAAGACUUCAAGAUGCAGAAUAAAUCCGUCUUUAUUCUGGGCGCCAGCGGGGAAACCGGCAGAGUGCUCUUAAAAGAAAUCUUGGAGCAGAACCUGUUUGCCAAAGUUACGCUCAUUGGCCGGAGGAAGCUCACCUUCGAGGACGAAGCUUAUAAAAAUGUGAAUCAAGAAGAGGUGGAUUUUGAAAAGUUGGAUGACUACGCUAAUGCCUUUCAAGGUCAUGAUGUUGGAUUCUGUUGCCUGGGUACCACCAGAAAAAAAGCUGGGGCGGAAGGAUUUGUUCGUGUUGACCGAGAUUAUGUGCUGAAGUCUGCAGAGCUGGCAAAAGCUGGAGGGUGCAAACAUUUCAACUUGCUGUCCUCCAGAGGAGCUGAUAAGUCAAGCAAUUUUUUAUACUUGCAAGUUAAGGGAGAAGUGGAAGCCAAGGUUGAAGAAUUAAAAUUUGAUCGUUACUCAGUGUUUAGGCCAGGUGUGCUGUUAUGUGAUAGGCAAGAGUCUCGCCCAGGUGAAUGGUUGGCUAGGAAAUUCUUCGGCUUCUUACCAGAUUCAUGGGCCAGUGUGCACUCUGUGCCUGUGUUGACUGUGGUUAAAGCAAUGCUGAACAACAUGGUGAGAACAGACUACAAACAGAUGGAACUUCUGGAGAACAAGGCCAUCCAUGACCUGGGGAAAGCCAAUGGCACUCUCAAGCCAUGACUGCACUAGAGAAAUGCUAUUUAUUGCAAACCUCAACACCUAUUACCAAAUUGGUAAUUUCAGGGUCUUAAAAAAAAAAGUCUGUGUGCUUUACCUUUGUUGUUUCAUUCUCUUCAGUUAUGCAGAAAUGAUUGUGCUUUAAACAUUAGGGGUCCACAGCCUGUUGAUCACCCAGGGAGCUUUUGAAAAAAUCAGAAUUUUAAAAAGUGUUGAUUACCCAGGGAGCUUUUGAAAAAUAGAGACUAGUACUUCAAACUUCCAAAUCAGAAUUUUUAGAAUGUGUAUACAGGAAUCUGUAGUUUUCUUAAUUUUCACUUCUCUAUUGGUUCUGAUGCCCUGGUUGGGAGGCCAGCUUUGAAACACUUGUUUGCAGUCACAGUGACAGUAUAACUCUUCCGUACGAUGCAGAUGAGUGCUGUUUCAGAAUCAUUUACAUUCUUGUCUCUUGAAUUACACAAACACUAACUAACUAUAAGUAACUGUGUAAGGGAACAUUUUGCCUUUACUACUGCUUCAGAAUAUAUAAUAAAAAUUACACAACCAAGCCUGUAUAAUUCAUGGGGAAAAUUAGAGGAAUAAAAAUAAAUGAAUACAUCCUGGGUGCUGCUUAGAUUAUUCAAAAAUGCCAGAGUAUUAGUGGUGAUGCACAGCAUUUGUUCAAUAAAGGAUGAUAUAAUAGCCGUUAUUAUCUAUCAAGUGUUUGCAAAGUUCCAGCCUGCACUUUAACCUU